AAUGCUCAGGUGAUCAAUAAUGGCUGAUGAAGCACUUAUAGAGGCAGUAAGAUUAUUUUCCUGCUUGUGGCAAACGGGCUUCAAGGAGUAUAAAGAUAUCAAGGCUAAAGAAAAUGCAUGGAAAGAAGUUGCUACAAAGAUAAGUGGGAAAAAUGACAAAUCUCGAAAAGAUUGCAUACGAAGGUGGAAGAACAUCAGAGACAGAUUUGUGAGAGAGUUCAAAAAAACCAAUAGACCCACUGGUACAGAAGGUCUGCCUUACAAGCCUAAUUAGAGUCUAUUUGAAUCACUUACGUUUCUUCAAGAUGUUGUACGCCAUUGACAAACUGUCAGUAAUGUUACUUUUAGCCCAACCAGCAGAGCCAGAUCUUUCUGUGGCUAAAGUUGAGAAUAAUGAGUCUGCUCAAUUAAUACUUGAUGACUCAGCAAACUCACAAGGUGUCUUAAUUUCACCUCCAUCUUCAGUGGCAUCAACCUCCAGUUCAAUGCAAUCGCCACCAAUUAAGAAACGCAAAAAGGUGGAGGAUGUUGAUUAUGCCAUACUUGAAAGCUUAAAAGGCAUAGAAGCAUCUAGGAUGCAAGCUGUUAAAGAAGAUGAAGAGCUUUUUGGGCAUCAUAUUGCAGCAACAUUGCAUCGGCUCUCCGAUAAACAAAAAGCUAUUUGCAAGUUACAAAUGCAGCAAGUACUGGUAAAUGUUGAAUUUCCAAAAGAACAUGAACAUUAUCAUUAUGAACAAUCUUUCAAUUACUAGUAAAAUUAAUGGUAAUUAUUGUUUCCAAAGUUACAACAUUGACUUAAAUUGUUCGCC